AUGGGUCGACGAGGUCAUAAAAAACAAAAGGCUUUUCGUCGUGCUACAGUCGAUGCUAUUCGAAAAGCUCGUCUUGAAAAGCAAAAAGGUACUAAUGGAGAACCAACAACAGCAACUAAUGAAGACCAAGCAACAUCUGAAGAUCGCCCACGUGUUAGCAAAUAUGAAGACAUUGUUAAAGAAAAUGCAUUAUUUGAAAAAUACUAUAAGACUAUGAAUCUUGUACCGGAUGAUGAAUGGGAUGCAUUUCUAGCUGCAUUAAAAGAACCAUUGCCAGUUACGUUUCGUGUAACAGGUUUUCGUACACAUGCCUUUGCUGUAAUGCAUCUGAUUCGAGAACGAUAUUUUCAACCACUUCAAUCAUCAACAGCCAUUGAAAAACCGAAAGAACUUGUUUGGUAUCCUGGUAGUUUAGCGUGGGAGUUAAAUCUUAGUCGAAAUCAAUUACGAAGUCAUCCAGAAUUACAAAAACUUAAAGAAUUUCUCUAUGAACAAACGGAACAUGGAAAUAUCAGCCGACAAGAAGCGGUAUCGAUGAUUCCACCUUUGGUUCUUGAUAUUCAACCUCACCAUAAAAUCUUAGAUAUGUGUGCUGCUCCUGGUUCGAAAACUGCUCAGAUAAUUGAAUGUCUUCAUCGUGAUGAAUCUAAUCCCAUUCCAAGUGGUUUUGUUAUUGCUAAUGAUGUUGAUAAUAAACGAUGCUAUACACUUGUUCAUCAAGUUAAACGAUUGGAAAGUCCAUGUUUUGCUAUUAUAAAUCAUGAUGCAUCAAAUUUACCGAAUUUAAAAUUUGAUAAUGGCAACAUAUCAUUUGAUCGUAUUCUAUGUGAUGUACCAUGUUCCGGUGAUGGAACACUACGAAAGAAUCCUGAUCUAUGGAAAAAAUGGAAUCCAGGACAUGCAUUCAGUUUACAAUCGAUACAAUUACGUAUUGCAACGCGUGGUAUUCAACUUCUUGCGCCCGGUGGUCUUAUGGUUUAUUCAACUUGCUCAUUGAAUCCUAUCGAAAAUGAAUCUGUUGUUGCUCAAUUAUUACAAGCUUUUCAAGGUCAAAUAUCGCUUGUAGAUAUUGGUGAUAAAUUACCAGGCCUAAAAACGAUACCUGGCCUAAAGAAAUGGUGUAUCAUAGGAAAAAAUCAAGAAAUUUAUAACUCAUUUGAAGAAGUACCGAAAAAUAUGCAAUCAUUAGCUCGGCCCAAUAUGUUUGCACCUUCAAGUGAUGUUAUAGAACAAUUAAAUCUUGAACGAUGCAUUCGUCUGUUACCUCAUCAUCAAAACACAGGUGCAUUUUUUGUUGCACUGUUUCAAAAACAUGAUAAAACCGUUGAUGUAUCACAAUCAACUGAAGACGAAGUGUCUCAAAAACGUCCAGCAGAAGAAAUUGUAUUUAAUGAAGAAGGAGCUAAUUUUAAACGUGCUCGAUAUCAUCGUGAAAAUCCAUUUAUUUUCUUUAAUGAAAACGAUAUCAAAGGAUUUUGGAAAGACAUAAGCGAAUUUUUUGGUGUUAAUUCAUCGUUUCCAGCUGAUCAAUUAAUGACAAGAAUUGCAGCUGACAGUGGUCGAAAUAUUUAUUUCGUAUCCGAUAGUCUUAAACAAAUAGUCACUUUGAAUCAAGAUCGUAUUAAAUUUAUCAAUAUGGGUGUUCGUUUAUUUGUUCGGACGGAUUUACGUAAUGAUAAAGAUAAACGUUCAUUAAGACUUGCGCAAGAAGGCAUUGCAAUCAUCGAUAACUACUUUUCCAAACGACGUCUUCAAUUAGAAGAGCACGAUUUAUUAUUAUUGUUAGCACAUGCUCAUACAUACUUCACCGAUCUGUCAACAUCCGUGCAAUCUCAAAUACAGAAUAUUUCGAAUGAUCUAGGUAGUUUAAUUUGUUCGUAUAAUAUUAAGCAAGAGAAUCUUAACAUACCAAUCGUAUUUGUUUCAUGGCGUGGCCGUAACUCUUUACGACCAUUUGUAAGUCAUUCAUCAAGAAAAUUUUAUUUAGCAUCAUGCAAUAUUGAUCAAAUUAAAAUUAAUGAAAUCAUUGAUAAAUUAACCAUUGAAGAAAAAACCAACAAUAAGAAAAGUGACGAUUCAUAA